AUGUCCCUGGGUUUGGGCAAUUUGAAGAAAAUACCGAUAUCAAUCUUUCAUCACCAAAUCGACCUGAUGAAGGUGCUAUUUAUCUUAGGGUAUCUGUGCCUAGGAUCUUGGGCGCAGGGCACUUCUUCAAUUCGAUCUCGCAUUUCAGUUACAUUGACGGCGGCCGGCGCAUUGGGAACUUUCAAUCCUCCUUCAGACUGUUCUAAGUUUUCGGCCUACUCGACACAAACUUUAGUCUUUGGGGACGGGAACACGCGAUCCUUUACGAUAACGUCAUUCAGGCAGGGCUGCCAGUACGGUGGCCCCCAUACGACGUGUUGCCCGCCAGACUACGAACUUGGUCAAUACAAUUCCCCAGGAGUGUGCCCCGGUGGGUACACUACGCUCGGGGAUAUAGAAUUUGUUGCCGUGAGGAGAAGCACUGAAGGCUUUUGGAUAACGUACCCAGCAAUUGGAACCACAACAGGGAAAUUAUGCUGCCCGAGUGCUGCCAGUUCUAUAAAGUAUAAGGCCGAUGGCCCCGUCCCACUCUGUCUAGCGACUUCGAAAGGCCCUACAAUAACCGAGGAAAAGAGUGUCAUAAACCAUGAGUCGGUGUAUUUCGGCAGCGCCGUUAUUGUGAUACCCCCAGGCGCAACAGACCCACCGCUUUCUACAAUAGGAGGAGGGGAAGGCACAGAAAGCCCAACCCCUCGCCAAGCAUCACCACCAACAAUAGAACAUAGCUCUUUUGAACCACCCAGCCAAUCGGGCACUAUGGCGGCCCCGAGCACGAGCUCUGGCCUGCAACCCCAGGAACAAGGUUCACAGGAAAGUCAGCCCUCCGGUCUAUCUGGGGGUGCUAUUGCUGGGAUCGCUGUUGGAGUAUCUGUGCCACUUAUUCUUGUCGGACUAUACCUUGCGUACCGUUUUGGGAGGCGAAUGAACCGGCCACCAAAACAGCAUAAAGGCCAAGGGGUUGAAGUUACCGCGCAAGAAUACUCUGAUAACGGUAGGGAAGGAGGUGUCCUUUUUUCACCUGAAAUAGGCGGGAUUCGGUCUAAUGGCGAAUAA